AUGGUUCCGGUUAAAUAUCCCGGCGUAUCCGCCGGCUCCUUGCACCGUCUUUUGUGGAACCAGGCUAUGAUCGCUCAUCGUCGCUAUGUGUCCUUCACACCUGCGUCGCAACUCACGAUUAAUGACUUGAAUGAGUCAACUUUGGAAGCAAAGUACGCAGUCAGAGGAAAAAUCCCAAUUCGUGCUGAUGAAUUGCGUUCCCAGAUCGAGAGCGAUCCUGAAAACCACGGUUUGCCUUAUGACCGUAUCAUUAGUGCCAACAUUGGAAACCCCCAGCAAUUGGACCAGAAACCUUUAUCUUGGUACCGUCAGGUAUUGUCAUUGAUGCAAUACCCUAACUUGAUCAGCAAAAUUGAUGGCUUGGAUAGUGAAGUUAAGGACAAGUUGUAUCCACCGGAUGUGGUGGAGAGGGCCAAGAAGUUAUUGAAGAGUACUGGUUCUGUUGGUGCGUAUUCUGGUUCUCAAGGUGAUGCUACAGUGAGAAAGUCGGUAGCUAAGUUCAUUUCGGAGCGUGAUGGCUACCCUGCUAAGCCUGAAGAUAUCUUUUUGACAGGCGGUGCUUCUGCUGCUGUUCUGUACUUGAUCCAAGUUUUGUCUGCUGGUAAAGAUACCGGUUUCUUGAUUCCAAUUCCUCAGUAUCCAUUGUACACUGCCUCCAUUGCAUUGAACAACGCCGUCCCAAUUGGCUACUACUUGGACGAGGACAACCACUGGUCCACGGACCCCGAGCAAAUCCGCAGCUUGAUCAAGGAAAACAAGGACAAGGGUGUCAACCCUAAGGCCCUUGUGGUGAUCAACCCAGGAAAUCCUACUGGUGCCAUUUUGUCUGAAGAGGACAUUGCUGCCAUCAUUGACAUUGCUGCUGAGCACGGUCUUGUGCUUAUUGCCGAUGAGGUGUACCAGGAGAAUGUUUUUGAAGGCAAGUUCGUGUCUAUGAAGCAGGUAUACGCCAAGAUGCUAGCAGAGAAACCUGAAAUCUACAAGAAUGUCCAGCUUGCCUCGUUGCAUUCCACCUCGAAGGGUGUCAGUGGAGAGUGUGGUCAGAGAGGUGGAUACAUGGAGUUGGUAGGCUUCUCCAAGGAGGUCAGAGAUAUCAUUUUCAAAUUGGCAUCUAUCAAUCUUUGUCCUGUUGUUUCCGGCCAGGCUCUUGUAGAGUUGAUGAUCAACCCUCCAAAGGAAGGCGAUGCCUCCUACCAAUUGUACCAUCACGAAACCAGCUCUAUCCACCAUGACUUAAUGAAGAGAUCGACCUUGUUGUACGAGGCUUUCUGCAAAAUGACGGACUUGAAGUGCAACAAACCUCAGGGUGCCAUGUAUCUCUUCCCUAGCUUGUUGUUUACCAAGGAGAAGUAUCCUACUUUGUUCGAGAAGGCAGAUGAGUUGAACUUGACGGCUGACGAGUUUUACUGUACCGAAUUGUUGGAGAACACCGGUAUCUGUUGUGUUCCUGGUAACGGAUUCGGUCAAGUUCCAGGCACUUACCAUUUGAGAACCACCUUUUUGCCUCCAGGAACUGCUUGGAUUGAUCAGUGGGCCAAGUUCCACGACAAGUUCAUUGCCGAGUACAAACAGUAA